AUGCCCCACUCACUCACUCUGAUGCCAAAAGAAGAGCGUACCUUUUCUGUGGGUCCAGCGCACCCCAGCCGUCUAGCUUACCGGCCGCAAACGCCAGGAGACUGGGAAUACAAAUUUCGCAUCUCGACUUAUGCCAACCCUUUUGAAAAUGUGGACAUUCACCUCAAAGGUGCAGCUUUUACAGAAGAGCUUAUUUGGUCUGCAGUACCUCCGCCCAACCAAGGUGACCCGAAUACUAAUGAUGGUGAACUCCUUGAUGGAAAUCAUCUCAUGCUCAAGGAAGUCCCACUCGGAGAGACAGCUGCACAAAUUCUUUCGCUUCGAAACUUGUCAACACAGGCCAUCUCAUUCGAGCUAAACGCUGAGUCUUUGGGUCAACUAAAAGACGUAUUAGUCCUGGCACCAGCAAUAGGGACGCUCGCUCCAAACGAAGCAUGCGACGUCUCUAUUGCAUUCAGAACUGAAGAGGCUCUCAGUGUUUCUCGCCACGCGAUCACCUUUUCAACUUCAUAUGCGCAGUGUCUCCAAAGUAGUAUGACCGCACCAAAGCCUGCUCCAAAAGCUAAGGGGAAGGGCAAGAGCAAGCAAAGCGAAGCUAGAAUAGACGGGGCAACUGUAGGGAAAGAAGACCCAGCGCACCCGGAGGAACUACUACUUUACAUAUCAGCCGCAAGCGAUUUUCGACAAUGCGAACUGAGCGUCUCACGGAUUGACUUCGAAGAUACAAGCCUGUUAAAAUCGCGCGUAUUCUUUUUUAUGGUGAACAAUACCUCUGCGGUGUCUUUACCAUAUGAACUUUUUUUCGAGCGGGACAGUCAACGUGAUGAUCCUUGCUUUUAUAAAUUAGCACCUUCUCGCGGCUGUAUUCCUGGUGGGGGUCAGCAGCAAGUGCAAAUAACAUUCUCUCCCAAAGAUAUAACGGAUUUCAGCAGGAACCUCGUCUGCGAAUUCCCGAACUUUCUCCACGGAUCAUCUCGUGUUUCGGUGCCAGUUUACGCCACUGCUAUUCGACCGAUUUGUCAUAUAGAAAUACCGCCAACGGACUACUUUGAACGCCGCCCACAGAACGCUACUCUUGCACUCGACGAUAAUGUAGCGGUUGUUGAGAUUGAGGGCAUCGGAGUUGGUGUACGACAUAUACGCCGCAUAUACGUGCACAACCCAACGGCCAACGAUGUUGACUUUGAGUGCGAACCAGCACAUAGCCCUGAUCAAAUCGCAGCAACUCCUAGGGCCGAGGAUUCGCCAAUGCAGCCAAUGCAGCCUUUCAAAUCAAGGCAACUGGUACAGAUGCUGCUACUGGUUGGGAGGACUACAGAGCCACGCGUUGCAUUCGAAGUAUCUCGAAUAAUCUUUCCGCCUACGAUGACUGGGAGGCUUGUUCAAGAAACAAUCAUUCUGCGCAACCAAGAAUCCAUUCCGAUAACUUUCCAAUUUGAUCGGUGGGCGGCACAUCCUUGUAAAGGAAGCUUUCACUACACUACAGGGCUUUCCAUGACAUCUGAGGGCGCUCACCUAAAGGACACUGGAUCGGAGCUGAAAAUAAUGCCACUUAGUGGUAGUGUGGGUCCGGAAAGUUCCACCGUGAUUAAGGUGCAGCUGUGCUUCACGGAGCAAAAGAACAUAAGCGUCAGCAUUCCUUGCAGGAUCGCACAAAAGUUUAGAACACUUAGGCUAGAUAUUAAGGGGGAAGGAUACUGCCUCGUCCCCUUCGUGAAGCUCGUCGAUAAGGAGGCCGAACGACCCCUGCAGGGGACUUCAGAGCGUUUCGACUUCGGGUGUGUACUAGCGGGGCAAACUAAACAGGUCAUCUUGCGGAUAGGCAACAACGGAAAGUAUGACUUUAGCUUCAAGUGGAUAACAAAAGACCAGAAAAAAGGCGACAGUCCCAGGCGUAUUACGAUCCAGCCAGCUGCAGGGUUUGUCCAGAAGGGACAAGUGUUUGAUUGCACAGCUACCUUCAUCCCGGACGCAUCAACUACACUGCAGUCUUUGCAAGCAAUAUGCGAUGUCCAGGGGAAAACAAUCUGUAGCCUACUGCUAGUUGGCUCUAGUACAGUCCCCAAGGUUUCCUUUUCAUUCACAACACACGAUUUUGGAAUACUGUUCACACCGGAUACAAUGGAUGCGCAUUUUGACGCCAUGCCCCUUGCACCGCGGAUAUCGUCUAGAGCUGUUCUGAAGAUAACGAACACAGAUGCCCAUCACGAAUGCUCCAUCUCAUCCUCGUUCUCGCCGACGCCAAUCUUUGACUUUAAACCAGUACAAUUUCGUUUGUCCCCUGAAGAGGUUAUAGAAGUCCCAAUUACUUUCAGCCCUCGAGAAGCGAAGUUGUACCAGGCUAAAAUCCCAUUCUUCGUCAACGACCAGCCCGCUGCCAUGAUACAAGUCUUCGGAAGGGGUACUUCCAUCAGGUGUGAAUCUCCAUUUACGAUUGUGCUACUGUAA